CCAAUGCCUCCCAGGCAGACGUAUUCAUGACCUCAGGGUUUCGCUCGCUCAGUUGUCAUCGCCUCCUCAUGAAUUGGUUGUGCGCUUUGCCAGUUGCCGCCCCGCAUCUCACCCCACGAGCCGCCACAGACCAGGGCUUCAGUCUGCCACAUGAGCGCCAGCUCAGUGCAACAGAUUGAUCUACGCAUAAUGAAUGGUACGCAGGAUGUACGAGGGAGCAAUGUCCCUUUUGCCUUCAAUCCAGGGGGAAACACCAGUGUUGCUGUGGGCGCGCGGCCAUCUUCAACCAUACCUCAGGACCGGUUGAUUGUGGGAGUCGAUUUUGGUACCACUUAUAGCGGCGUGGCAGCAGUGUACUCGGCCAGCCCCGAGGACAUUGACAUAAUCAAGACAUGGCCAGGAGGCAAUGGAAUCACAUCUGACAAAGUGCCGACUGAAAUUGGGUACAGCGAAGCCACCACGCAAAGCGGUUCUACAUCAUCGCUCGAAACUUUUACCAGGCCAGCGCAGACUAUUAAAUGGGGCUUCCAGUUCAAACCAGAAGAGACGCGCCUCCGGUGCGUCAAGCUCUUCUUGGACCGUAAUCAAAAACUCCCUUGUUUUGUGUCGCCCCUCGAGACAGCUGCGCAAUUGAGGAAAUACGAAAAGACAGUCAUGGAAGCCGUCUCGGACUAUCUGGCGCAAAUAUACAAGCAUACAAUGGAAACUUUGACGCGGCGAUAUGGCCAGGCUUUUAUGGGCAUGACCAUGGUUCAAUUCGUUUUGACCGUGCCGGCCGUCUGGUCAGAUUCGGCAAAGGAUGCGACCUUGAAGGCAGCAGAGAAGGCUGGCAUGGGCAAGCGACAUGAGUUGCAACUCAUCUCGGAGCCUGAAGCUGCAGCGGUAUAUACGUUAAAGGCGAUACAACCGAACUAUUUGAAGAUUGGUGACAACUUUAUUGUUUGCGAUGCGGGUGGCGGUACCGUCGACUUGAUAGCGUACAAGAUUCUCCAGCUCAAUCCUCUCCGUGUCGAAGAAAGUGCAGUCGGAACGGGCGGUCUUUGUGGCUCAGCUUUCCUAAACUACCGAUUCGAAGACCACGUCAAGCUGCGAAUUGGCACUGAACGAUACAACUGGAUGCGCGAGAAGAAGCAAAAGACGUGGGACAUGGGCCUAAAGUACUUUGAAGAAUUCGUCAAGCGCAACUUCAACGAAGAGGAACAUGCCGAGGUGAACAUACCGCUACCUGGCCUGCCAGAUGACGAAGAAGCAGGCUUAGACUCUGGCUUCUUGAUCAUGAGCGCAGAGCAGGUCAAGGAGAUAUUUGAUCCCGUUGUUGAACAAGUCAUCAGCCUUGUAGAAGGUCAGGUUGAAAGCAUACGGCAAAAAGGAGGUCUUGUGGCUUCGGGCAGAGCAAUUACCUGUACGGCCGGCUCAAGUCGCACUUCAAUACGGCGUCCUCCUCCGCCUUAUACCGAGAGGCCGACGCACGCUGCUGCUCUAAGCGCCCCACAAUCAGUCGAAAUCUACCAUCCGAUACAUGCCUGGACUGCAGUUGUUAGGGGCGCAGUGCUAAGGGGUCUCGAGGGCAGCAUGGUGGUCAGUCGUCGAAGCCGAUGGCAUUACGGGACUAGUUACGCCACAGUAUUCGACGAAGCAAAGCAUCCAAUAUCAGACAGGUAUUGGAGUCCACUUUGGGAGCGGUGGAUGGGCGCACAAGUAUCCGAAACCACGCCAAUAUCAUUCCACUACACGCGCAACUUCCGACCUGGUCAAUCACUCAUCGUCGAAGACGAUCUCAUUGCAUGUGACGCAGAAGUUGCGCCAGAUUCGUUCCGAAAAGGACUGACCAACGUUUGCACACUCACGACUGAUUUGAACACGGUGCCAAAGAGCUUGUUCACGCGACUGACGACGACCAAGGGAGUGGAGUUUGACAAUUUGGAUUUUACACUGGAUAUGCGGAUAGCGAGCGCUGGCUUGGUGUUUGAGCUCAAGGUCGACGGAGUGAGAUAUGGGAGCGUGGAGGCAAAGUUCCAUUGA